CUAUGCCAGACUUCCCCUUCAUCUUUAUCCUGUGAGCAAGCGGCGUAGUGGAUUAGUCAUUUUCUCUCCUGCAGGUGACUGAGGAUGUUUCUCACAUCCUACUACGGGUUUCGUUGUCCCAAGGAUUUCAUUUGAAGGGUGGGGCACUCCUUCACUUCCUUCCACCCGGACCGGAGACUGAAGUCUGGACCAAUGAAAGCGGAGAACCUCAUUUACUGGCACUAAGAACUGGCACUAUUUAAGUGGUAGCAGGAAUGGGUUGUGAGCGUCGGCUUUCUCUACAAAGGGGCACUCCAUCAUCCGAUCUGUGGCACCGCUGAGCUGAAGACAGGGAACAGAGCAAAGCCGUGCAGGACUCCUGCUGCCACUAUGUGCUAUGUAAAGUGUGCAAGAUACAUCGGAUUCUCUCUGGUGUGGGCUGCUGUCUUCUGCAUCGUGGCUAAUGUUUUGCUCUACUUUCCUAAUGGGGAAACAAAAUACGCUACCGAGGGCCACCUCAGCCGCUUCGUGUGGUACUUUGCUGGCAUUGUAGGCGGAGGCUUGCUGAUGCUCCUGCCGGCGUUUUUGUUCAUUCGGCUGGAGGACGAGGACUGCUGUGGCUGCUGCGGCUAUGAAAACUACGGCAAGAGUUGCUCGAUGCUCUCUUCUGUACUGGCUGCUCUGAUUGGAAUCACGGGAUCUGGCUACUGUGUUAUUGUGGCAUCGCUGGGUUUGGCAGAAGGACCAAAGUGUAGCGAUGCCAACGGAGUGUGGAACUACACCUUUGCCAGCACUGAGGGACAGUACCUUCUGGAUUCCUCUAUGUGGUCCAAGUGCCAUGAGCCCAAGCAUAUUGUGGAGUGGCAUGUGACUCUAUUUUCUAUCCUCUUGGCUUUUGCUGCCAUUGAAUUCAUCUUGUGUCUCAUUCAAGUAAUAAACGGAGUGCUUGGGGGCACGUGUGGCUAUUGCUGCUCUCGCCAACAGCAAUAUAACUGCUAAAAAAGAACAGAAGACAGAUUGGCAUGCUUCCUGUAUUUCACUGUAAUUUGUAUAUUUUACCUGUGUUGUGAGACUUUGCACCAUUGUGUGGUAUCCCACCCUUUCUGCUUUCAUAAGGAAAUGUGCUGACAUCAUGGCAUGAUGUCAGUGUUUACAUUCAUAAAACAAACUUUGGUUUGAAGAAUGUGACAGCAAGCUGCACUCUCUCAGAAGGGAUUUUACAGACUUAAUGACUGUUCUCAGCAUAGCUGAGAUAAACUCUUCAAUGUUUGAGAUAAAAAAAUCAUAUCUAACUAUUGUGCAUAUGUGCAUUUGUUUUUUUUUUUAAUAAAAAAACCUCUGGCUUCCUUUUAAAGAUCAAGAAGGAUAAAAAAGGAUAUAUUUUACUGUUUAUACGCUGUUACCCUUUUGUAUGUGAACACGUCUCUAAGAGACCCAAAGUGAGAGAAAAGCACUUGCCUGAUUAAGAAAUCUUAUCGAGAAAGCGCUAACACGAGUAUGGCAGAGAAACUAUGUAAAGCUGGCAGUGAUCGUGAACACUACUAGAUGCUGAAGCUUUCUAGCAUGUAGAAAGCUUUUUGCCCUUCAAAGACAAAGGCUGUUUCUUUAAAGAAGAAGGUCAGGAUAGUUAGACAAGAAGGGAAAUGAGAAAUGGAAAAAAGUGGUUGAUCGUCAUGGUGGGAAAAUGGGAGAGGUAAAGCAGGGUCAAGAAGCUCACAAGGGAAUGCUUCCCAGACUUGCUUGUUGAGCAUAAAGUUAAGGAUUCAUCACCAUUCA